GAGACGUCAUUUAUUACUUUAUAAUUAUAAUUUUUUAAAAUUACUUUUAUAACAUGUUGAACAAUAUUUGAAAUUAUUCAAAGGUUACUAUUUUCCUCAAGUUUACAGCAUUACACUUGGAAAUGAAAUUGAAAAUGGAAGAUAAAGGGUGUAUAGGGUCUUUGCAGAGUUAUUUGAGGAGACACAAAGUUAUAAGAACUCAAACCUAUUUGGCCCUUUUCAGACCACAUCUUCCCUCGUUAAACCCCCUGACAGGAUUGAAUUAUUCACCAUGGACAACGAAACGUCACAAAAAGAAUUCAAGAAAGAGGUGGCCCCGCCAGUCAAUGUCCAGCAGACUGUGGUACAAGACCAAAUUCAGAACUUGUUGAUCAAAGUACAAGAAGAAGUGAACCGAGCAGAGUCCUGCAAACCUUGGUACAAGAAAAAAUGGGGUAUACUUACUGAUUGGAUAGACACGCCUCCAACAAGGAAUCCUCCUCCACUUCCGCCUGAUUUCUGGGUUGGGCUUCUUGCUCCGCCGGAAGAACGCAAUGGGACUAAUACAACCGAUGACGAAAGACCUGAAGAAAUUGCAAAUGAAUUUUAUGGAGACCACUGGGCGAUCGUGACUUUCUUGUCGUUGUUCUUCUUUCUUGCAGAUCUUUCGAAUGAGUGUGUACUUUAAAAGAAAAUAAAUCCGAUUUCAUCUACAGACACGCAAGGUAAAGUCUAAAGUCACAUAUACCGUU